AAAAAUGGAUGGUACUCUUGGAUUACUGGGUGGAAUUCACGGCGGCGCCGACGGUGGUGGUGGUGGUGAUGGUGGAGGAGUGCCGUCUUGUGGGUCGAUUUUGACUAAUUCAAAGGAAGAUGACACGAUGAACGAUCAGGAUAUGUUGGCUGAGGUUUCUUCAUCGUACCCAGUUGAUGAUGAUCUUGAAUUGGGGUUAGGGUUGAGAAUUGGUGGUGGUGGUUCGAAUGCAAUCCAAGAAGGUUCUAGAAUCUUGAGACCUAACUCUUGUUCUUCAUCUUCAUCUUCGUCAUCUGUGAAUAUCACCAAUUCAUCCAUUGCUGGAUUUAAAAAAAGUGCUAUUGAUUCUGUUUCUCCUCCUAAUGCUGCCAGUGUGGUUGGAUGGCCCCCGAUAAGAAGAGCUCACCGGAUGCCAAUCUUGGCUAACCGGAUCAAGUCAGAACGCAAGGAAUAUAGCUCAAGAGCCAAAAGUUAUCUAUCCGUAAAGGUGAAUAUGGAUGGAACGCUAAUCGGAAGAAAAGUCGAUCUCAAUGCUCACAACUCCUAUGAAACGUUAGCUCGGACCUUGGAGAACAUGUUCUAUGGAAGACUGUCGAAUACAGAAACAAUAGGACGUUCAAGAUUGUUGAGUGGGACAUCCGAGUUUGUGCUGACGUAUGAAGACAAAGACGGAGACUGUAUGCUUGUCGGGGAUGUUCCUUGGCAGAUGUUUGUUAGCUCUGUGAAAAGACUAAGGAUCCUUAGAAGCCCCAAAUCAAGAAAUUGUAUAUGAUGAAUUGCAUUCAGCACUCAAGAGAAGAAGAUGUUUAUUUAUUUUUUAAUUUAAUUUUUGAUAUAAUAUUUUCUUGGCACAUGGAUGAGCCUUGAAAGAUAGUUUGGUUUGUAUGAGAUUGCAUUGUUAUUUGGGUUGCCCAUUUUAAUCACAAGAUAAGG